AUGCUUAGACGUUCUAAGAGCACAAUUAAUAACAAUGGCAAGAAAAGACAUUCAAUGUUUAUAGAUCUUAAACAUUCUAUACUGUCAGCAAAUGAUCCGAUCACCGAGUCCACCUUUAAACACAGUUUCCAAACUAAAAAUAAAUCCCUUGAUUCCCUGGCACUGGAAGAUGAUCUUACAUUACAAGAAGUUCCACAAAAGAUGAAUAGAAAAGCCAUUACAGCAAAGAAGACAUCAAAGCUGAAACGAAGUAGCGUCGUGCUGGAUAAUAGUUUGUUGAGAGAUUAUAAUAUUGCUGUGAAUCACUUCGAGAAUCCCGUUUCAACUACAAUACAAAGCAGUCACUCGAACCACAGUAUUUCAUCAGUCGCAAGCAAAAUUUCAUCAUUGUUUUCAUCGAAUAGUUGUCUUUCGAUACACGAUCUGCUCAAUGAAGAUAUAACGGAUGAGAACAAGAAGCAGAAGACGUCCAUAAGGAAACAAGAGCCGGUGAAAGCAGUUCGUGGUGCGAUGAUAUAUUUGUUUGAUGCAGAUCAGGGUAGUGUGAGCGAGCACAUUUGGGAUUUUGAUGAUGAGUAUAUUUCUGGCCACAACAAUCGAACGUACAAUAGGACUGAGCUCAUAUUUGACUGA